AUGUUACCUCGCUCUGAAAGCUUUGCCUGUGUUCACCGGAAUCGAAGGAGAUUGCCUCGGAAACAGCGUCAGCAUGAAUGCUCCAAUAAAUCCAAUCGACAGCUGGUCAAGAGGAAUCCGCCGUCGUCUUCUCGUGGAACCGACCUUGGAAUCUCUUCACCCAACACUUCCACUCGAAAUGGAAGUGAGCUGAACAAUUAUGAAACAAAAGAUUCCUCAAAACCCAACUUUUCUUCGUAUACUUUUCUUUUUUCUGUUUAA